AUGGUGCCAGCACACAAUGGGCAUCACAGAGCCCAACGGACAUGCCCUCGCAGGUCCCGCCCCCCCUUGCAACUGCAGCCAAUCAGCAGCGCGCCUCUGCCUCAGCCUGUGCCGGGACGCCGAGCGCGACGGACACGAGGAGGAGGAGGAGGGAGUUCAGUGGACUGGGACGGCAGAGCUGAGGCCACCGAGCGUGGCCACAUCGUCUGCACCAUGCGGAGACUGAAAAAGCUGGAGGAGGUGCUGGGGCCGGCAGCCAAGAGGCGCCGGCUGGAACUGGGUGAGGAAAGGGCUCUGGGCUGGCUGCUGUCUGCCUCGCCCAAGGAGUUGUGGCAGCAGAAGGCAGAGUCUGAGCCUGCCAGUCGUGGCCUCUGCUGCGAGGGGGAGCAGCCGUGGGGGAAGCAGCUGAAGCCCUGGGUCAAGGCUGCCAGCCACCGCUGCAGCCCCAAGGAGGAGCUGACCAGCAAACAGGGCAGUGACCAAGCCCCGGCAGUACGAGGGGACGGGGUCUCCGUGCCCCAGAAGGUGCCCUUCCCCGUGGGGCGCCUCUCCAUGCGGUGGGAGCGGCUCUGCGGGGUCGGUGCUGGGCUGCACAACCUGGGGCUCAACUGCUUCCUCAACGCCACGCUGCAGUGCCUGACCCACACGGCGCCGCUCGCCAGCUACCUGCUCUCCGAGGAGCACGGCCGCAGCUGUCACCAAGAAGGCUUCUGCAUGCUGUGCACGAUGCAGAACCACGUGGUCCAGGCGUUUGCCAGCAGCGGGCAGGCCAUAAAACCAGUGUGCUUCAUCCGGAACCUCAAGAACAUUUCCCAGCACCUCCGCUUCGGGAGGCAGGAGGAUGCCCAUGAGUUCCUGCGCUACACCAUCGACGCCAUGCAGCAAGCCUGCUUGAACAGCUGUGCCCAGCUGGAUGGCCAGAGCCAGGCCCCGACACUGGUUCAUCAGAUCUUCGGUGGUUCCCUGCGGUCCCGUGUGAUGUGCUUGGAGUGCAAGAGCACCUCGGACACCUACGAGCCUUACCUGGACCUGGCUCUGGAGAUCGGGGAGGCCACGAGCGUGGUGCAGGCGCUGAAGCAGUUUGUGAAGCCAGAGCUGCUGUGCGGGGAGAAUGCCUACGAGUGUGCCAGGUGCCAGCAGAAGGUGUCGGCCAGCAAGCGCUUCAGCAUCCACCGAGCCGCCAAUGUUCUCACAGUGGCACUGAAGCGCUUUGCCCAUGGUGGGGGAGGGAAGAUCACAAAGGACGUGCGGUACCCCAUGCUGCUGAACGUCCGCCCCUACAUGUCUGCGCGGUGUGGGGACCCCCUCCUGUACAGCCUCUAUGCAGUGCUGGUGCACUCUGGGCACGGCUGCCACACAGGGCACUACUACUGCUACGUGCAGGCCAGCAAUGGGCAGUGGUAUCGAAUGAACGAUGAGGAGGUCUGCUCUGCAGACACCCGAGAGGUCCUCAAGCAGCAGGCCUACCUGCUGUUCUACCAGAGGAUCCCCAGCCCCAGGAAGAGCUCGGAGGGGCCCAUUGCCGAGGCUGCCUCCAGCAUGCCCGGCUGCGCUGGCAGCAUCCCAGACGAGAGACCAGACCUGCUGUCGGGGAAGCAGCUGCCUGGGCUGGAGGAAGUCGGAGUCCCUGUGGCCCACAGCGCAUUUGGGACAGGGUCAGAGCUGUUGAGCGGAGCCACCCUGCCAAAGCUUCCUGCUGGGUCCCCACCACCCAGGGCAGAGGGGUCAGGAGACCCGUGCCAGGAUUAUUGGGCACAGCUGCAGUGCCUGACACGCAGCAGCAAGUCCUACAUCACCAAGCUGACCAUCCUGGCACAGCAGAACGUGGCCUUCGCCAGCAGCAUCGUCUCCCUGGUAGAGGCACAAGUGGCCGAGGCUCCUCCAUCACAGAAGCUCCCUGCUAUGUAUCUUAUGGAUUCCAUCGUCAAGAAUGUGGGAGGAGCAUACCUGAAGGCUUUUGCCUCAAACCUGGUUGAAAUGUUUCUCUCUGUCUUUGAGAAGGUGGAUACAGAUACUCGGAAGAGUUUGUUCCUCUUGCGCUCGACGUGGGAUGGGAUUUUCCCCCUGGAGAAGCUGCACGCACUGGAUGUCAGAGUCAAGUCAUUAGAUCCUGCUUGGCCAGUGAAACCUCUACCUCCAGAUGGGAAUGCUUCUGGCACCCCUGUGAGCCCUCAGCCUGCAGCUCCCUGGCCAGAGGAAUCCACUGCACCUACCUCUGCCACGGCUGGUGCCUCUGCUCCUCCAGCUCUUGCAGAAAUACCACAGCCUUUGAGACAGGAGCAGCUGCUGAGGCAGCAAGUGCUUGAGAAGGAAAAGCAGCUGUUAGAACUGCGGCAAAAGCUCUCAGAGCUGGAGCAGGCUCAAGCACAGGUCAGGCUGGCUGUGUCUCUCGGUGUUCAGCAAGGAUCAUCUCCUGCAGCUCCAGCUCCAGCCCCUUCCGAGCAGCACAUGUCUGCCACAGCUCAUCUGACAGCUAAAGCCUCUGCUCAGACUGCUGUGCAAGCUGAAGAGAACAAACCAUGGCCAAGUCCUCCACACUGUGGUAUCAAAACAGUCAGCAGGGAUCCCACACUUCAUUGGAUGGUCCAACAUUCUUCUCAUGCUACAGACCAACCUGAGAGGAAAGAAUUUCCAUGGGACACCAAAGGUCAGUCUGAUGCCCAGGCAAAGAAAGCACCACAGGCUGACAAACAAGAGUCAGCCAAGCAAGAGAAAAUGCAAGCAAGGGGAAAAACACAGAAGAAAGCACUUGGCCAGUCCGAAGUGAAAUCUAAAUCUUCAAGAGAGAAACCAGCCAAGGGUAAAGAUGCUGCACCCCAGGAAAGGGAAAGCACAAAAAUGUCUGAAAUCAGUAAGCGGCAUUCAAGGCUGAAAAGACAUCUCCAGGAUAAGUCAGAGGGUGAAGAGAAGGAGGUGAAGGAAAAAAGGAGCUGGGAGCGAGGGGACAUGGUGUUCUCCACCCUCAAGCUGGGCAUCUCCAUCCUCAACGGGGACAACGCUGAAGUGCAGCAGAAAAUGUUGGAGUACCUGAAGGAGAAGCAAGAGGCUGGCUUUGUCCAGAGCAUCCAGGCCCUGAUGAAGACCUGCAGAGGCGUGACCGACACCAGCACCGCUGGGCCCUCUGGUGCAGCUGCUGCCAGGAUUUGA